AUGGGUUUCUUCGACAAGAUUCAGGCAAAGCUUGAGCUUUACCGGCUCGAGCAGCGUUAUACGCGCAACCGCAACCGACGCACCACCUUUACCAGCAAUGCAGUCUACGUGGACGGUGAGUACGUCUUCAACAGCCCAAACACCACCGGGUCGUCUUCUCGCAGCGCUGCGUCGUCGUCACCAAACUCUCCCUCAGAAUACGACGUUGAAGAACGCCAACAACGACCACGGGAGAAGCAGUCCCGCCGCCGCAAGAGCAUUGAGGAGCCCCGGUCACCGGCUUUCGACGUCGAGACUCCAACGCUUGCGCAAAAGAAGAAGCUCAACCGAUUCUCCUCCAUGCCCGGCUUUGGCAGUUCGCCCAAGACGAGCGGUGCCGUCGACAGCUGGAGGAUGAACACCGUCGACGUCCGCGAAGUCCGGUAG